GGGGCGGGCGCCGCGCAUUGCCGCCCCGUCCGCAGGAGCCACCACCGCCGCAACGCCCCGGAACCUUGGCACAGUUCGUCAGGUGAGGGCCCCCGCCUACCCGCGCCCCGCGCCCUGCACCCCGCCCCCGCCAGGGCGGUCUGCCAUAAACCUGCCUGGGUCGGCGCCACCCGCAGAACGGACGGGGCUACUUGACGGGUCUGGCCUGGCCGUCCUGCUCAUUUCGGCCGUCGACAUGGAGGCGGCAACGACCACCACCCCGCUGGGAUCGGACGCCCUGAACGCCUGCCCCGCCGUCUCCCUCUUCACGCUCUUCUUCGCGGUGCUGAGCGCGCGGCGGGACCGCGAGGAGCUGCAGCGGCCGCCGCCGCCCCUGCAUGAGUCGGCCAUCUUCGACUUCAUCGUCGUGGGCGGCGGGUCGGCGGGCUGCGUCCUGGCCAGCCGCCUCAGCGAGGUCCGGCACUGGAGGGUGCUGCUCCUGGAGGCCGGCGGCCCGGAGCCCCCGGAGACCCAGGUCCCCGCCACCUACAGGUGCGUGGCCCUGGACUUGGGCGACCCCCUGACCCCCAGUAUCACUGCUUCCUGCACGCCCCGCCCUGUCCACCGGGUCCUGCCGUCAUACCCGCCAAACAUUUCGCCCACACCGCCUUAUCUCCCGACAUGCGAGUGUUCACGUCGGGAAUUCCCCGUGGCCUGGUCACUCCUCACUCCGGCCGUGGCAUGCCAUUUCCUUGCUCUUUUUUUCGUAAUGCGUAACGUGAUCUUCCACUGA